AACCUGACUUGCUCUAAAGUAACACAGACAAGAAGAUUAUCAGACAACAUAAACAAUGGUCUCUAUCCAAACUACUGCCACAACUCCAUUUGAGGGACAAAAGCCAGGCACAUCUGGUCUCCGCAAACGCGUCAAGGUCUUUCAACAAAAGAACUACACAGAGAACUUUGUCCAGGCCAUCCUUGAGGCCAUUCCCCAAUCUGAAGGUGGUGCCAAAGGAGCGACUCUUGUCGUAGGUGGCGAUGGUCGCUACUACCUUGAUGAAGUGCUUCAAAUCAUCGUUCGUCUCAGCAUUGGCGCUGGCGUCUCCAAGCUUAUUGUUGGCAAGAACGGUAUCCUUUCGACUCCUGCUGCAUCCCAUCUGAUUCGCAAGAACAAGGCAACUGGUGGAAUUCUCCUGACUGCCUCACACAACCCUGGUGGACCUGAAAACGAUUUUGGCAUAAAGUACAACAUGUCCAACGGAGGACCUGCUCCUGAGAGUGUGACCGACAAGAUCUAUGAGAUCACAAAGACCAUCAAGGAACUGCGCUGGGCCGAUGUUCCGGCCGUUGACUUUUCCAAGAUUGCUACGAACCAGAUCGAGGGUCUGACUGUCCAGGUGAUCGAUGGUGUGGAUGACUACGUGGACUACAUGAAGACCAUCUUUGAUUUUGAUGCCAUCCGUGCCUUUUUGACAAAAGACGACAACAAAUUCAAAGUCUUGUUUGACGGCAUGAAUGGUGUGACCGGUCCUUAUGGACACCGUCUGUUUGUCGGCGAACUCGGACUGCCCGAAUCCAGCGUGAUGCGCUGCCAGCCCUUGCCUGACUUUGGCGGCGCCCACCCUGACCCCAACCUCACAUACGCCCACGACCUUGUCGAACGCGUCGACAAGGAAAAGUACGAUUUCGGAGCCGCAUCUGAUGGCGAUGGUGACCGGAACAUGAUUAUCGGCUACAAGGCAUUCGUGACCCCAAGCGACAGUGUGGCCAUCAUUGCCCACUACGCCAAGGAGGCCAUUCCUUACUUCAAGAAGAACGGCGUCAAUGGCCUGGCGCGCUCGAUGCCGACCUCCCAGGCACUUGACCUGGUGGCCAAGAAGCAGAACCUCGAGUUCUUUGAGGUCCCGACUGGCUGGAAGUUCUUUGGAAACCUGAUGGACGCCGGCCGAUGCUCGAUCUGUGGCGAGGAGUCCUUUGGAACCGGAUCGGACCACGUGCGCGAGAAGGAUGGACUCUGGGCCGUCCUGUCCUGGCUGAGCAUCCUUGCGCAUGUCAACAGCACACGCCCCAACACCAGUGUCCAGGACGUCCUCCAGGCCCACUACAAGAUCUAUGGCCGCAACUUCUUUUCGCGUUACGACUAUGAGGAGGUCGAUGGCCAGCGUGCGGAUGAAAUGGUCUCGCGUCUCAGACAACAGAUCGAGACCAAGUCUCUGGUCGGCAAGACCUUUGGCGGCUUCACGGUGGCCAAGACCGAUGACUUUAGCUACCUGGAUCCCAUUGACCAGAGUGUGUCCAAGAAGCAGGGUGUGCGUGUCAUCUUUGAGGAUGGAUCACGUAUCGUCAUCCGUCUGUCCGGAACCGGAUCCCAGGGCGCGACUGUGCGUCUCUAUGUUGAAAAGUACUCCAACAACCCUGAAGAGUAUCCCCUCGAGACCCAGAAGGCUCUCCAGCCUCUGAUUGACGUUGCUCUUGAGAUCUCACAACUUGUCAAAUACACUGGCCGUGAAGAACCCACCGUCAUUACCUAAACUGAAAAAACAAAAAAAAAACUCAUUGCUCAUAUAUCCUUUCUUUCUUUUCAUAUUCUUUUGCUUCUACUUUUCUUUUCUUUUUUCUUUUUUUUUAUAUAUCUAUUUUAGUUUGAAUGAUAAUAAUAAUAAUAAUAAUAAUAACAGAUAGUCUGUAAAAGACUUUUUUUUUAUUUUCAUUCUUUUGUUUAAAAUCAUAUCCUUUGGCCUUUGGUCACUUUAAAGAAGAAAAGGAAGAUCUAUAUUGUGGUCUGGUGU